AUGGCCUCUUCAGAAAACUCCAAUUCCACCGAUAAGCCUGGACCUCUUGAAACCACAUCUGCUUCACUCGUAGGUUUCUUGUUUUCUCCUGAAGAAUACUUGAAAAUAUACGAUACUAUUACAUUUAAAAAACAUGCUGAGAUAACGUUCAAAAGUGAAUUGGAAACGGCUCCAACAACAACUUCUAAAAUAAAGGUCUCUGCAAAGGAAGUAGCACGCCUACUAUUCCCCCGGCCUGUUGUUGUCAUCAAAGAAAACCAAUACAUUGAUCCCACAGAUGAAGAUAAACUCGAUCCAUUGUCUCCGUAUCCUAUCUCUACAAAUACAAAUAUCAGGAGCCUGCGCACAUUCAAAAAAACAAUACGAGGACAUACCAGAGUCCUUGGAAAAGCAUAUAUUAUCCUCGUCAUCUUCAAAUCGCUCGCAUUGCUGAGGUCACGUAAAAAGAAUGCUUUACUUCGCUCGGUUCUUGUUCUUAAAGAUAAAGGUUCUUUUUGCUCCUCCCUCGCAAUCGUCGCUAUUUCAUUUUCAUACAAAAUUAUUUAUGAAGUGCUUGUUAUUCUCAAGCCCUUUGUAAAAGACUUUAUCGGCUUAUUUAUCCAUGACAAGUCUAUCUUAUCUGAGUUGCUUUUUGAGUACGCACACACUAUCAUCCCGCUGCUAUCUGGUAUUACAGCAGGAACUUUUUUAAAAAUCUUCCCUGCCGAUGGUCCCCGCGAUCUGAUUGCUGUCUACGCCUUGGUCCGUAGUUUAGAGUUGGUUUACAACUUUCUUGAAGACAGUGGAUACAUUGCCGCCCUUAAAAAACCCAAAAUCAUUGGCUCAUGGGCCUUAUUCCCCUUUGCAUACGCACAACUCUUCCAUGCCUUUUUCUUUAAUAGAGAUGCAAACCCAAACAUGGUCAAUUCGACCUUGUUUCUUCUUUCAAAAGACUUUUGCACAUCACCACCUACUGGAUAUCCCCGUAAAGCCCCUUGGCCUACCCAAGCACAACUUGUAGAUAGCAUUGCCAAGUUGUCGCGGGCUCACUACCCCAAGUUCACAUCACCCCUUAUGUUCCCAGAUACAGCGACGCUGCCAAAUUACUUGGAAUCAGUUAAGCCUGUGGUAAUCCGUGCUCAUCCAGCAAUUAGCACUAUUACAGGUGCUCUUCUACAUCCCUCAGAACCUUCUCAAUUUAGAGCUUUGGCAAAUAUCGUCCUAAAGCAGUAUACAGCAAUUGGGAAGUACGUCUUUCUUCUUUACCUUUUUAAAAGUUUUUUUAUCAAGAGAGCCGUGGCCAAGGUAGAACCCAAAAGCAAUAAAGAAGAGUUUUGUGACUCUGAAGAAUCAACUUCUUCACGAGCUAUUUCGCAGCUGCGAUUGCUGCUUGCAACUAUUUUUAACACAUGGCGUACAACGACAUUUAUUGUGAUGACGACAGCUUCUUCGUGGGCUGGAAUUGAGUUUGCUCAGUCCAUUCUAUCAAACCGUUUUAUUCCCGUGUACCGCUACAAAGUCAUUGGCUUUUUGUCUGGUCUUUGGGCCAUUUUCGACAAGGUAUCCGGGCGUGGCCGGUACAUGUACGCUGUCCGUGCCGCCAUUCUAUCAUAUUGGCGCGUAUUGGUUAAGGAGAAGCGUGUACGACCUGUUCGCAAUGGCGACGUCUACAUUUUUGCCCUAUCGUUUGGCGUCAUAAUGUCGCUCUUUGAGCUGAGCCCUGGGUCUGUGUCCGGGCCUGUGGUGAGAAAGGUUCUGAGCUGGAUCUCGACGGGUACCUUUUCUGAUCCUUUGAACAAGACUGCAGUAUCGUUGACCGAUGCAAAGAGUAAAGAUAAUGAUGAUGAUAAUAAUAAUGAUGAGUAA